GGAGCCCAAAGCAGAGGUCCUACUACUCUCAUUUUCUCAAGUCUCAAGUGACUUAUGCCUUUGUUUUUUUUCCCCGGAAUUCCAUCCAUUUUUUCAAAGACCAAAAGUCGCCAAGCAACUGCCCGCGGGAGCUCUAUAUAAAGCAAGCAAACCAACCCCAUCCUACACUACCUCACACGCCUCUCGCGCUGCUCAAUCUCCCACACUGCUCGGCAGCUUAGCUAGCUCGCGGCUCGCUUGAUCACGCCAUUUUUCUUCGAUUCGAUCGAUCUCCUGGUGUGCCAGCCAUGGCGAGAAUGCUCCUUGAGGCGGCCGCCUCCGGCUCGGUGGAGGACUCACUCAACUCGGACCUCGUCGUCAUCCUCGCCGGGCUGCUCUGCGCGCUCAUCUGCGUCCUCGGCCUCGGCCUCGUCGCCCGGUGCGCGUGCACGCGCCGCUGGGCGCGGGCCGCCGGCGGCGGGACAGCGGCUGGCGGCGGCGGCGGUGGCGCCGCCGCGGCGAACAAGGGCGUCAAGAAGGAGGUGCUGCGGUCGCUCCCGACCGUGACGUACGUCUCCGACGGCGGCGGCGGCGAGGCGGAGGAGUGCGCCAUCUGCCUCGUGGAGUUCGAGGACGGGCAGGCCGUGCGCGUGCUGCCGCAGUGCGACCACCGCUUCCACGCCGCCUGCAUCGACACGUGGCUGCGCGCGCACUCGUCGUGCCCGUCGUGCCGCCGCGUGCUCGUCGCCGCCGAGAUGCCCCCCGGCGAGCGGUGCGGCCGCUGCGGCGCGCGCUCCGGCGGCCGCGGCAUCGGCGCGCUGCUCUUGAAUUACUGGAAGGCGCCGGCCUGCGACGCCGAGGGGCCAGAGUUGGCGUAGUGGCAUGCGCACUAACUCUGCGUCUGUCUGGUCUUUAACCAAGAUGGGAAAAAAAGAAGACAUCAUUAGACAGACAUUAACCAGUGUGCAACCUCAUUGGUUAAUCUCUAUUGAUUUCUUUUCUUUCUUCCCUUUUCUUGGUUUUCAUUUAGCCUUGUAGAUUCCAUUCUUUUUUAGGUUUUGCCUGUGAGUACCAGUGAGUAGUGUGACUAGCUAGCAAUGGUGAGCAUUUGGUAGCAUCAGCUACCAGGAUGUAUGUAAGCACCGAUUUGUUGGGGGGAAAUGUGUGAAAAAUUGCUGUAACUUAUUUGCACAUAUAUUGGAAUUUUAUACGCAGUUAUCUUUAACUGCGAUGUUGAAUCCAAAUUUGGUACUGCUGGUAA